CUGUGGUUAGAGGAAAAUUUGUUUUCUGCUUCUCAUUCUUGACAGCUUGUCUGCAGCCAGGCUGCCGCUGAAAGUUGAUGUAGCAAAUUGGAUAUUAAACCCAACAUUUUGACGGCACACAAAUCUGACUGGGAUGGUAUCAUGGAGAGAGACAAUCAUCAAGAAGGAGAGGCACAGGGACUGAAGAUUUGUGAUCCACCCUCGGAGAGCAAUCCACCUGCUGACACCUUGGCGACUUCUCUCUCUCUCUUGGGAAACCACAUGUUUCCUGAUCCGGUGCAGAGAAAUGACAGUACCGCUGUUUACAAAGAGGAACCAGCAGAUUUACACCUGUCGGAUGUUGCAGCACAGGAACAGAAUUUGGAUGCAGAGUCCCUUUCUAACCAGGUAAAAAAGCUAGAGACUGACGAGACGGAAAACUCUGAGUGUCAGAACAAUGAAUCCACUGAGGCAGCUGAGAGAGGAAUGGAGGAUGCUGCCACAGACAAUGGCCAGAGCGAUUCUGGGGAGUUUGUUGUUACAAUGCUAGCCAAGGCCAAGCUGGAGGAACAAGGUAUAGGUGUGAAGGGAAGGUCAUCUCCUUUGUUGGAGGCAGGCACCCAGGAAUCUCCUGCAUUUAUGUCUCAUCGCGAUGAGGAUGUGACAGCUGACAGCUGGCGACAGCACAGGAAGCAUGUUUUUGUGCUAAGUGAAGCAGGCAAACCCAUUUAUUCCCGAUAUGGCAGUGAAGAGGCUCUUUCAUCCACAAUGGGAGUCAUGAUGGCACUGGUGUCCUUUGUCCAAAGUGGAGAUAAUAUCAUCCGCUCAGUUUAUUCAGAGGAGCACACCGUGGUGUUCUUACAGAAAGGGCCCCUAGUGCUGGUGUGCGUGUCCAGCAGUCGUCAGUCUGAGCAGCAGCUGCGUGGAGAGCUCCUCUAUGUGUACUAUCAGAUCAUCAGCAUGCUCACCCAGGCCAGCAUAUCCCGCAUCUUUGAACACAAGAAAAAUUACGACCUGAGGAGACUCCUGGCCGGCUCAGAGAAGAUCCUAGAUGGCCUCCUCAAUCUCGUAGAUUCAGACCCCAGCUUCCUGCUCACAGCAAUACACUGCUUACCCCUAGCAUCCUCUCUCAGGGACUCUCUCAGCCAGAUCCUGCAGAAGGCUAUCACGCCCAAUCUGGUUUUCUCCAUCCUCAUCGCCAAGAACCAGCUGCUCACCAUCGUCCAAGAGAAGACCGUCAUCGAGGACACCAGGCUGGAACCCGCUGACGUCCACCUCCUGCUCAACCUCAUCGGAGCCUCCUCUGCCUUUCAGGCUGGGGAGAUAUGGACACCCAUCUGCCUGCCUCUCUUUAAUCCUGACUGUUACUUUUAUGCAUACAUCUCUUACCUGGACCCUCCAGAAUGCACUGUUUGUUUGCUGCUGCUCUCGACAGACAAGGAGGCUUUCUACGCUGUAGCUGAGUGCAAGAGGAAGAUAGAGGAGGCCAUGGUGGCUCAGAACUCACUGAGCCUCAUUGCCAAAGCCCAGUCGUACAGCGUGAGCCAGGUGGGCGUCUCAGACCUCAGACACUUCAUGUACAAGCCCUUUGAUGUGCCAGACAACUACCGUCAGCUCACUCAGUUCACCAGCCCAGAGAUGGAGGCACCGUACAGCAGUGAAGAGGAGAAAAUGAGACUGCUGGACCUUUAUCGUUAUAUGCACAGCCGCAUCCACAGCACCUCACGGCCCCUGAAGCUCAUCUACCACGUCGCUGAGAGAGAAACCCUGCUAGCCUGGGUCACGAGUAAAUUUGAGCUGUACACCUGCUUCAGUCCUCUGGUGACAAAGGCCUGUGCUAUCACAGCUAUCACUAAGCUUCUAAGGUGGAUUAAAAAGGAGGAGGACCGUCUCUUCAUCAGAUACCCCCCAAAGUAUUCAACCACCCCAAACCCCAGCAAGAGCUCUCGAGGUGGCAAAUCUGACCAGCAAGACUCCACAGAUAACGGCUUCUUAUCUCUUCUAUAGGACUCUCUUAGUGCUACAAUAGUGGCGGCUCUGCCUCAUUCAACAAUAGUUUGUACACUGGUUCCAAGAUUUUUUUGAACCCUCUUUUGACACCUGUUGGACUUGACAGACAUUGACUACUGGAAGCAAACACUACAUUUUACACUAUUUAAGAAGGAAUGAUCUCUUUGAAACAAGUAUUAUUUCCUUACCUUAACAAGAAAGCAUGUCAUUGCAUCACUGCUUUCGAUCAGAAACAGUCAGGGCAAAACAGCAUUAGUACGUUUUAAAUUGAACUGUGGUAGAACAUAAUUGCAAUGAUAUUUAAAUGUUUUUAUAUUAUUUUAUUACUACAGCAAGAGACAAAUUUUCCUCACGGACAGUGAAUGUAUCACAGAUGACAGUUAAUUCAUAUACUAUAACAAGUCAUUGUCUCUUUCUCGUGUAAGUUAAGAUUCUGAGAAAAAUGAGCUUAAACUACCUUUCUCAGACUAAUUAUGGCAUAUAGACUUUUUUUUUUGUUCCUGACA